AUGGGCGCCGCCGUGGCCGCUCUGCGGCGAACGGCGGCGGGCGAGGAGGCGGCGGAGGAGGAGGAGGAGCAGUGCCGCAUCUGCCGGCACCCCGCCGACGCGGACCGCCCGCUGCGCCGCCCCUGCGGCUGCAAGGGCAGCAUGCGCUUCGUCCACGACCACUGCCAGAUCCGGUGGCUCAAAGCCCGCCGCCAAUCCUUGUGCGAGGUGUGCGGGCACCAGAUCUCCAUCCGCCCCAUCUACGCCGCACGCGCCCCGGCUCCAACCCCGGCCCCGGCGAGGCCCGUGUGCCUGCUCUUAGCGCUGCUCUACCUCGUCCUGACAGCUCUGGUCGCCUGGUCGCUCGCCGGCCUCUGUACAUGGCGCCUCGCGCUCGCCAGGAGCCGUGACGAGGCGUUCCGUCUGCUCUCGAUCCGCCUCUAUGGCCCCGCCGCCCUUGCUCACCUCGCGCUCAAGGCGGAACACACGGUUCGUGCAAACUACGGGGCACGUCUGCGCCGCUGCCAAGAUGUCACGCUGCGGGUCCUUCGGUUUUCCUUGUCGGUGGUAAGGGGUGACAUGGCUUUUGCCUGUAUAUUUGCAUUUGCCCCUUUCACACUGGGAAGGUUAAUCCUAUUGUCCAGAGGUGAAGUCGACUCCUUUGCUUCAACAUCUUCUAUCCUGCUGACUGGAUAUGGAUUUAUCUUGUCACUUGGUGCAACUUUUGCUGCGCUUCAUACUAUUCAUCAAUACUUGAGGGGCGAGAGCAUUUUCUUCGGAAGUCUGUUUGAUGUAUUCUUCAGCGGGGUUGUAAAGUUAAUCACUGCUGCCAAUAUUUCUCUUAAUCUGAUAAGCACAGCUAUAAUAUGCCCAUUGCUGUUUGCCUGGUUACUUGAUAUCUGCACUUCUAAAAUGUUUGAUGCAACUAUCUCUGAAAGGCUCAAACUUCUGUGUGCUUCAUCUUAUGUUUCUACUGCCCUUUAUUGGCUUAUUGGAUGUGUCCUUCUGGAUCUAUGCUACACAUUCUCUAGACUUCAUUCUACGAUUUUGGGGCCAGCAGUUACCUUCCGUUUUGUCCACCAUAAUGAAAACAUCCGUGAACCAUUCUACAAAUCUUAUUUAAAGAAGCUUCCUGGUCUUUUUGUUGGCAUCAUCCUUAUUGCUAUGUUCAUUGUUGUUCCUAUUCAAAUCGCCCGUCGGUUGGCACCCGAGAAGUUCCCAGUAAACAUCACGUACUUAGUUUUUCCUACAAAUGGUGCAUCAUUUUGGUUAGCACCACAAAACUAUGCAGAUUCACUUUGUGGUGUUCUUCUACUGAGGUUUCUCAUUGGCCGAACACAUGCGCUCAUAUGCCUUGAGUGGCUAGUGAAGGAAGCGAUGCAGUAUACAUUUGGUGCUGAACAGGCUCUUGGCCUGUCAGUUUCAGUGUCUGUCUGGCCCAAUGGAGCUUCUGGACACAAUUUUGGGAGCAGUGUCUCACCAAAAGACAAGUAUGAUUACACUACUGAGGCUACAGAUAAAAGGAGAUUAGAUGCACUCCGUAUAAUCCCACAUGUGAUGCUUGGAUGGUUGACUGUUGUGGUAUUCAAUUCAGUGGUACUUAUUUUAACAAUCUCAGCUGGGCGUGCAUUGUUAUUUGCCAUCCCUCAGCUGGCACUUAGAGGUGGACUGCAUUCCAACGACCUGCUGGCUUUGGUUGCUGGAUUUGGCAUCAUAUCAGCUUUUAUUGCCGCCUUUAGAGAUUCAUCUGCCUACAUGACUUCUGGGACAAAACACUUUGUAGCUUUGAAUCGCUGUAUUAUUGUGUUCUUAUGGGUGAGCAGUUUACUUCAGUUUGUCAUCAUUCCCUUCCUGAUCGGGCUGCUGGUUGAUUUAUUGCUAAUAUCACCAUUCGCUGGGCCUGAUGAUGGUGUUCCAGCUCUAGACUUGUUCUACACUUGGUUCCUGGGGUGGCUAUUGCUGAAAAUCUGGGUAAAAUGGGUUCAUUGGCCAUUAUCACCAUUCCUGGCCUAUCUAACCGACGAAUCACGGGUCCCGAGGCUUACUCGAGCGAAGCUGGAUUGGCCUCGUGGGGCGAUGAUGCCUCUGCCAUGCUUCUUCCGAGAUAUUUUCGUGCCUGUCGCGACGAACCUCCUCGCCGCUCUGGGUGUUCCCUAUGUGCUCGCCGGGGGCGUCUUUCCGAGUCUCGGUUACUCCGCCGCCGUGAACUCGACGGUGCGCCGCUUCGCGUGGCUGGGCUGCAUCGGCCUCUGCGUGCUCUGCCAUCUCGCCAAGCUGGUCUGGGUCUUGAAACCGCUCGACCGUCUCGCCAAGCUGUUCUGGGUGUUGAGUGCGCUCUGCUAUCGCGCCAAGCUGUUCUGGGCCUUCUGCGUCGAAGAACUCCGUGAUUCUGUCAGGGAUGAGCGUGUAAUCAUCGGGCAGAGGUUGGAAGACGUCGCCGACGACGGCUGA